CCAUGACUAGAAAUGAUCAUUUAACUCAGUGUGAUGCAUUUUUAGCACUGGGCAAUAGAAGGGUUAGGCUAUGAUAUCCACAGCUCAUGCUGUUCAGUAAUCCAAGGGGGUUUGGCUACGAGGUAAGGUAAGGCAGGUGUUUCCCUAUCUGCCUUUAAGGACACCUCCAGUGCCUCCCAGGGCCAGGUGGAAAGCCAAUGCUUUUAUGCACCCGCAUUUGUCCAAGCACAGGAUUGGUGCUGGAUAAAUAGUAAGGCGACAUCUGCCAGGUUUAACUCCGAGAACUGUGGCUUUCCAUGCUGGAGAGAAUUCUUUGGUAUCAUGGUGGCCUCGGACUGGCUGCAUCAGAGAUUUUCUCAUGGUGAUCUAGCAACAUUUUGUUUCAAGUCUGACUCUGUGGUAAUCUCCUUCCUCAUUGCAGAAAGCACAGAAACCUUCUCUGUCUGUCCCUCAGGCCGUGCCUCCAGCUCCGUCCUGCUGGGGGGACACGGAAGGCAGGCUUUUCUCUCAGGAAGUCUUUCUCCCAUCUCAUCACACACAGUGCCGGGUUCUUCCCGCACUCUGCCCAGGCUCCUGUCUCCCCCUAGGACUACCGGAUAGCAGGACAUUUCGUGCCACUCUGCUCCAUGCACUGCCCAGCACUCGUCCCCAUCGCUCUGGGCGCCCUGCAAGUGGAGUAGCUCUAAGGCUGCCUAUAUAUCAGCGGCAGAAAGAAAAACGCAGCAGAGCGUGUUGCAAAGAUCCCCAGCAAGUGAUUGCCCCUCGCCGCUCUUCAGGCGGAACUUCACACCCAGCAACGUAUUUCACAACAGCCUGCAAGCAGCUGGGCGGGAGCCAAGGAGCAGACUUGAUAUAUGAGACCAUCCGCCUUCCCAGCUGAGACCCACAUCACUUCUCUGUAACAACCUACAUGGGACAAUAAUCCUAGCAACGCUUUUCAAGGCGAUGACCCGUUAUUGCUGCUUCCUGCUGGCUGGGGCUGGGCUGCUGCUGGCGACAACAGCUCUUGCCCUGGAAUGCCCCAAAAUCAAAGUGAGCACCUGUCAGGACUGCAUCCAGUCAGGCCCCGGCUGUGCUUGGUGCAAGAAACUGAAAUUCACCAAAGCGGGCGAGCCAGACUCCAUUCGUUGUGACACCAAAGAGCAGUUGCAGCAGAGGGGAUGUGACGCAAAUGACAUCGUGUUCCCAGAAAGCGAUGUCAUCCCAUUAAAGAACGCCCUUCUGGAGGACAAGACCCAGCUGGCUCCCCAGAAAGUGCGCCUGAUGUUAAGACAAGGUCUGCCGGCUAAGUUCAAUGUGACCUUCCGCCGUGCCCUAGGCUACCCUAUCGACCUCUACUAUCUGAUGGAUCUCUCCUACUCCAUGCAUGAUGACCUGGAGAAAGUGAAGAAGCUGGGAGGACACCUGCUCGCAGCUCUGAACAAAAUGACCGGCUCCGGCCAGAUCGGCUUCGGCUCCUUUGUGGACAAGACGGUGCUGCCUUUCGUGAACACACACCCCGAGAAGCUGAAGAACCCCUGCCCAAACAAGGACACCACCUGCCAGCCGCCAUUCGCUUUCAAGCACGUCCUCUCCCUCACUGCAAAUGCCAACAUGUUUGAGACGGAGGUCCAGAAGCAGUCCAUCUCGGGGAACCUCGAUGCCCCCGAGGGGGGGCUGGAUGCCAUGAUGCAGGUGGCGGUCUGCGGGGGCAAGAUUGGCUGGCGCAACGUCACUCGUCUGCUGGUAUACGCCACGGAUGACGGUUUCCAUUUUGCUGGGGAUGGUAAACUCGGAGCCAUUCUGACCCCUAAUGACGGUCUAUGCCACCUGGAAGACAAUAGCUACAAAAAGAGCAACGAGUUUGACUACCCGUCUGUCGGCCAGCUGGUACAAAAGCUUGCUGAAAAUAACAUUCAGCCCAUUUUCGCUGUCACUAGCAGAAUGGUUGGAAUCUACCAAAAGCUCAGUGAUAUGAUCCCCAAAUCAGCAGUGGGGGUGCUGCAUGAGGAUUCCAGCAACGUCAUCCAACUCAUCCAGGAAGCCUACAACAACUUGUCCUCCAGAGUCAUCCUGGACCAUGGUACCUUGCCGGACUCUUUGAAAAUCACAUACGAUUCUUUCUGCCAUGGCAAAAAAACCACCGUGGAUGGCGCGAGAGGGGAAUGUGGUGAUGUCAAGAUCCAUGAUCAGAUUACUUUCCAGGUGAAAGUUACAGCAAAGAAGUGCAUCCAAAAUGAGUCCUUUACCAUCCGGCCCCUGGGCUUCACAGACACACUCACUGUGGAACUGUUCGGCCGGUGCGACUGUGACUGUGAUGAGCAACAGAGCCCCACUGCCUGCAACGGGAACGGCAAAAUUGUGUGUGGCACGUGCAGCUGCAAUCCAAGCCACACUGGGAAGAACUGCGAGUGUGAAACAAAAGGCAAAACCAGCAAGGAGCUGGAAGGGAGCUGUCGGAAGGACAAUGCCUCAGUCAUCUGCUCGGGCCUGGGGGACUGCGUGUGUGGGCAGUGCACCUGCCACACCAGCGACACGCCCAACAAACAGAUCUACGGGACCUUCUGCGAGUGCGACAACAUGAAUUGCGAGGUCCAUAACGGACAGUUGUGCGGCGGUGAAGAGAGAGGGCGCUGUGACUGCGGGGAGUGCAAAUGCAAAGAUGGCUUCGAAGGCAGCGCUUGCCAGUGCAAGAAGUCUACAGACGGCUGUGUGAACACGCGGGGAAAAGUGUGCAGCAACCGUGGGCACUGCCAGUGCAAUAUGUGCCAGUGUAAGCCAGGCUACCAACCCCCGUUCUGCGAGGAGUGCCCUGGCUGUCCUUCGCCCUGUGCCCGAUACAUCUCCUGUGUGGAGUGCCAUGCGUUCGAGAGCGGCCCAUUUCAGAAGAACUGCUCAGCUGCGUGUUCGAACAUCGCCAAACUCAGUUCGUUCGCAGGCGGCCGGCAGUGCCGGGAGAAGGACUCAGAGAAUUGCUGGAUUACCUACCUCAUGAGACAGGAGGAUGGGGAGGACCAGUACUCCUUUCAAGUCAUUGGCAAGAAAGAGUGUCCGCAGCCCCCAAACAUCGCUGCGAUCGUGGGCGGCACCGUCGCGGGCGUGGCCCUGAUUGGGCUGCUGCUCCUGGUGAUGUGGCGGCUGGUGAUGGAGGUGUUCGACCGCAGGGAGUACAGCAGGUUCGAGAAGGAGAAGUUGAAGGCCAAGUGGAACGAGGGUGAUAAUCCCCUUUUCCAGAGUGCUACCACCACUGUCAUGAACCCCAGAUUCAAUGGAGAAUGACGUGGCACUACCCUGUACAGCCUGUGAAGGCUCGGCUGUUAAACCAGGAAAUACCAAA